GCAGAGGGAACACAAGUGCGGCAGGAAGAAGUUUGUGUUGAGUUGCUAAUUGUUCCUGUGGUAGAAGUGACAGCCACAUAAUUACUUGUGUUAAUAUUUUACUCGAAGAGUACAAACUUAUUUCUACAGGUGUGUGUAGGGUCAUGAAUUUGCUGUGUGUAGAACGUCUCGAGGACGACCAACGUGCGGAAAGGGACAGCGUCAUUUACGACGAUUCACGCGUUUUCAAAAAUCUUUUAGAAGAAGAAAAGAACAGCAUUCCGCCAAUAAAUUAUUUCGUCAAGAUCCAGAAAGAUAUUAAACCCUUCAUGAGGAAAAUUGUGGCUACUUGGAUGAUGGAAGUAUGUCAGGAGCUGCAGACGGCAGCAGCAGUGUUCCCGCAAGCAGUGAACCUGCUGGACCGCUUCCUCUGUGGUACCUGCGUGCGCCGGACGCAGCUCCAAGCACUCGCGUGCGCUUGCUUGCUCAUCGCCGCCAAGCUGAGGCAGUCGUGCUGCCUGCCAGUUACCGUGCUGUGCCAUUUCACAGACAACAGUGUGCCGCCCGAGGAGAUCACCGCCCUGGAGCUGGUGGUGCUGUCGCGGCUGCAGUGGCGAGCCUCCGCGGUGACGGCCGUGGACGUGCUGGAGCAGCUGGUGCACCGCCUGCCCUGGGCAGCCGCGCUGCGCCGGCACGCGCUCUCCGUGGCCGCCCUCUGCUGCACCGGCAGCUGCGGCCAGAGAAAGGAAGGUGGAGGGGAGGGGGCUGAGCUCGCCACACAGCUGGGGGCGGCAGGUGGGCAGGCGGCGGCUGCCCGCAUUGCGCAGCAUGCGGGGCUUCUGGACCACGCGAGUCGCGACUUGCAGUUCAAGGCUGGCGCGGGCAGGUUGGCGCUGGACGUGGCCCUGCAAGAGGCGGAGCUGGUGCAGGUGGCGCCGUCGGUGUUGGCGGCGGCGUCGCUGUUGUGCGCGGCGCGGGCCGUGCACGCGGGCGCGGCGUGGCUGCCGGCCGCCGAGGCGGAGGCGCUGCGCCUGGCCGGCGUCGCGGCGCCCGCGGCCGAGCGCGUCCUCUCGCUGCUGGCGUCGUCCCCCUCCCCCUCCUCUGCCGCCAAGCCCGCCGUCGGCCGCUGGGACGCCGUGCUCACCGCGCUGCCGCUGCCCGGACACUCCUUCUGA